AUGAGUAUAUAAUCAGCCGUAAAAGCAUUUGUUACUAAAACUGCUCCAUCAUUUGCAGGAACAUCUUAUUCUCCUGUAAGCAAGACUUUCAAAUAAAUAAAAUUAGAAGAUUACAGUAACAAAUACGUAUUAUUAUUCUUUUAUCCUCUAGACUUCACAUUUGUAUGUCCUACCGAAAUUAUUUAAUUCUCAAGCCUAGCUGCCAAAUUUAGAGAACAUAACUGUGAAGUUAUUGGAUGUUCAGUCGACAGUCACUUUUCUCAUAUGGAAUAUGUCAACAAACCUCGUAAUUAAGGAGGAUUAGGAAAAGAACUACAAAUAGAUCUACUUUCUGAUUUAAGUAAAUCCAUCUCUAGAGACUAUGGUGUCCUUUUAGACUCUGGCAUCGCCCUAAGAGGUACUUUUAUUAUUGAUGGUAAAAAAGUACUUCGUCAUUCAUCAAUUAAUGAUCUCCCUGUUGGAAGAAAUGUUGAAGAAUAUCUUAGACUUGUUUAAGCAUUCUAAUAUGCUGAUCAACAUGGUGAAGUAUGCCCUGCUUCUUGGACUCCUGGUAGUGAUACUAUGAAACCUAAUUGGGAAUCAGAAAAAACUAGCAAUUAUUGGAAAAAUGUCCAUGCAAAUAAAAAAUGAAGAAUUUAUUAAUUCAUAAUUUUUUUUAUUUUAAAUAUUUAUUUUAUUCAUUUUAAUAAAAAAAUCAAUUAUUUUAUAUAAAAAUUUAUUAUUGUAAUUAUAUAUAAAUAAUAAUAUAAAAUUUUU